AGACUCGUCUGCCUUGUCAGUCUCGCGGCCACUCCGUACAUCUGAACCGUUGGAUAGACUGUCUAUCAGCUGCGCACACACACACUCACACAAAUAAUGCCCCUGACGGUCUGACCUGAAUUGGGCCGGAUAUUAGUACCAUGCGGCGUAUGGGUCACUGCAAGCUGGAAAGGUACCAGACAACAAACUCGCUGGGAUAAAUGGAAAUUCCAUUCGUGAGUGGAUUGGGAUCUGGAGCAGAGCACAGUCAUCUCAUACUCUGCACGCAGAAGGUGAGAGAGGCAGCAGGGAGGGGACUUGAGAUAACAUAAAAAAAAAAUAAAAAAAAAUCUGUCAGGAAAUAACAUAAAAGACAUCUGACCCGACAGCGCAGAUGUGCUGUUGACGACAACAUAAAAGACAUCUGAUCGGACAGCACAGUUGCGCUUUUGACGACAAUUGGCUGUGGCAGUCUAUCAAGAGAGAGCGGAGCAGCUGAAAGAGACAGGAGCAGCGGACAGAGAGAGAUUGGGAUUGGGCUUGUUAGGCAGUGCAGAUUAUGAAGAGAGAGGAGCACCUGACGGAGAGAGAGAGGUUGGUAUCGGGCCCAGGCUUUCAAAUCGAUGCUGGAAGUACUCUUUCAAGCCGUUGUCAUGGUGUUGUCACAUCUGAUUUCAGAAUAGCUUAUUUCCAUCUUGUCCUCUCGGGCUGAUCACUGACUUGGGCUCACGGAUGUGCAUUGCGUACUUGGUUCUGUAUUCUUGCUUCGGUGCAUCGGUUGCUGAUUGUGAUUUUACGUGACAGAGUCUGUGUAUCUUUUGUGCAAGGGGCAGCAGCGAAUCUGUGAGGCAGACUGGUGGAUCUGUGAGUUCAUGUGUAUGUGUCUGUGGAUAUACUAGUCUGAAAGAUUGGUUACGUGCUCAUCUGAAGGCGAGAGAGCUACAGUCACACACACACACACACACACACACACACACGAGAGAGAGAGAGAGAGAGAGAGAGAGGAUGGGUGUGAGUACAGACUUGGUGGUGAACCGGGACCGUCUGCCAGCAGACAUAUUUUGCCCUAUCUGUGAUGACAUGAUCGAUCAGAAUGAUGCAAUGGUCACACCGUGCGGCCACUUGUUCUGCGGGAGCUGCAUUUCUACUUAUGUAGCAUCUCGCCAGCAAUGUCCACAAGACCGUUCCAGGGUCACAACAUCGCAGCUGCUGCAUAUCAAAACCCAUAGCGUCUUUCUGUACCGUCUGUUGGGUCGCUCUCUGGUGAAAUGCGUAAACCAUGUGCAGGGGUGCACCUGGCAGGGCGAGCAUUCGGAUUCCGCAGCGCACUUGAAGACGUGUGGGGCAGUGAAGGUCAAGUGCAGCCGAUGUGGCGACGAGAGCAUUUUUCGCAGAGAUUAUGACCACCACCGUGGCCGGUGCGGGGCACCUUGUUCGAACUGUGGUGUGUUAAGCAAAGAGAACGCAAAGCUCCGAGCAGAUCUGGAAGCGAAGACUGCCCAGCUUUCCCUGGCCAUAACACGGGCGGAUAAAGCGGAAAAGGCCUGCCAAAGCAAAUCUGCCAGCUCCGGUUCAGGCUCUUCGUCUGCUCCGUUUAUCAGUCUGGACUAUCGAUACACCCAAGUGCACGCCGCACUAGUCGGCAGAUUUAUAGCUUAUCACUCGCACUCACUCCCUGCUCACAUAAGUCGUGAGCGGCUCUUCACUUGUGUCAAGUACAUUGCCGACCAGUUCCUGCGCGAUCCGGACAUGGCCAACAAAAAUGAUGUGCGGUUUCUACUUGCAGCGUGCUCGUCCGCCGACUGGUUUACGGCCAACCAGCACGAUCGCAUUGAAAUCCUUCUACACUGCGUCCAUGUACGGUGAAGAGGUUCGCCGAUCAUUCUUUUUUGCAUGUGUUCUUCAACCUUUGUUGCUGGCUUGCGUUUUCACAUUCCAAGGAUCGGAAUCACCUGCGUCAAGUACAUUGCUGCUCAGAUCCUGUGCGAUCUGGAUUCUACUUUCAGCAUGCUCAUCCGCCGACUGGUUACGACCAACCAGCGCGAUCGCGACGAAAUCCUUCUACACUGCAUCCAUGUACGAUGAAGAGGUCCGUCGAUCAUUCUUUCGCAUGUGUUCUUCAACCUUUGUUGCUGGCUUGUAUGAGGAUCGGAAUCAUCAGAUCGGAUACAGAACAAAGAAAGUGGAAAAGU